AUUGUAAGGACAAACUUUUUGGAGCCCAUAACAGCACAUACACACACGGCCAACGACGACGCACGCCACCACCGCGGCGGGACACGCACACGGUUUUAUAGCUUUUAUAUAAUAUUAUUAUCGUACACCGUCGUCCGUACGACAUCGUCGGUCGUCGCCGUGUCCGUUCAUCAAGCCGAAUAAUAAUAUUUGCGAAAAUCAGUUUAUUUUGAAAAAUUUCCAAACCUCCCACAAACCCGCCCUUUGCGCUUUUCCGUCGACACGAAACGGUUUAAUUAAAAUAUAUAAUUUGUUAUUAUUUAUUUAUUAUAACAUUUUCAUUUUGCGCGCCAAAAUUAAAAAAAAAAAAAAAUGCACCGACCGUUUUUGUUCCGUCUGAACGCCGCCGUUUUCCGUUGUACGGUUUUCGAUUUUUGUUAAAUUUUUUUUUUGUUUUAUUCUAAUUUUUAAUUCGUUAUUAUUUUGAAAAUUUAAUAAUAUACGGUUUUUGAGUUUUUUUUUUAUUUAUUUGCCGUCGCGGUUUUGUUUCCCGACCGACCCGACCUGCCCUAAACUUGUAUCAAUUCGCGCGGGGCCGCGUUAAAGGAGGACUUGGCAUUGACCGACCCAGAGAGGACCGCAGAACGCAACCGGUCAGGAAGAUCAGCAGCAGCAGCAGCAACGACAACCGACCGGAGUACAUAGACUUGGAUUUGACGCACAACACAAACCGAAAAAGGUGAGUCAGGAUGUUAGUAGAUACUAUUGUACAGAGAUCAUCGAACUGGUAGAUGCACCAGCUGCAGAUGUACACAGUGAUAUCCGUAAUUACAAUAUUAUUGAACGAAUGUGACCAUCAAUAGUCGAUGAAAAAAUAUAGGUAAGAAUGUCUACGUGUAGUAAAAUACGAAAAAAAGUGUGAUGCCAUAUGCUUGACUGGGCACAGUAUCGGUAAGAAUAUACGUUCUGCAAGUCUGCAACUGUGUAAUCGUACAUUCGUCCGCUAUUAUCAUUCCGCAUCCGGUCCCCGUUUUGUUGAUUUUGGGGCGGAUUUUGCGUAUCCGACGCAAUCACCGCGAUCAUCGGCCGCAUCAGCAGAGGCAGCAUCAUCAAAAACACACCAGCGACCGCCGGCACCGACGCAGCCGUUACCGUCCGACGAGCGGAUCGCCGCCAAUCGCGGUAACUCCAACGACCACGUGUCACCGACCACGGCCGUGCGCCCACCAUGACUGGAUACGCGACCACGGUCCGCGAGUUAUAGUGCAGUGAUAUUGAUACAUAAUUUGUGAUACUAUAUCAUCGCGCGCGUAGUGCCGACGAAAGGGGGCGCGACUAGAUUGAUUUUUUCUCUGUAGAUCGAGUGUCCGGUGAAUCCGUCAAAGUGGAGGGCGACUUGUUAAACAUGAGCUCUUACUUCGCCAACUCGUACAUGCCGACCGACAUGCGCAACGGGGGUGGCGUGAUCGGCGGCGGCGGGGGCGCGGGGGGCGCCGGAAUGGAGCACCAUCACCAUCACGGGCAGCAGCACUACGUGGACAACGCGCCGUGCGACCCGACCGCCCGGCAGGGCAUACCGCCACACCACUACGUGGGCCCCACGGUCGGCGGCCAACCGCCCCAGGGCAUCCCUUACCCGCGGUUCCCGCCGUACGACCGGAUGGAGAUCCGGCAGGCCGGCUAUUACAACGGCCAGCAGUCAUCCAUGGACGGCUACAGCAGGCCGGAAUCGCCCACCGGCGGCAUGGGCCAGAUGACCAUGAACGGGCACACGCCCGUCGUGUACGCCACGUGCAAGCUCCAGGCUUCCGUGGCCAACGGCCUGGUCGAACCGGCCAGUCCCACCGACAUGGUCGACAUGACCAGCCACCAUCAGAUGCCACCCCAUCAUCACCACUCGCAGCAGCAGCAGCAGCAGCACCACCAGCAGGCGCCGCCGCCGCAUCACCAACAACAGCAGCAACCGUAUUUCAACAACCUCAGCCCGCAUCACCACCAACAGCAACAGCAGCAACAGGUGGCACCCACUUCUGGCCACCACAACCAAGUGGUGGUCAACCCGCACCAACAGACGCCGCCGCUGCAGACGCCCACCGCUCAAAACCAACAGGCGGUCAACAACAACUCGCUGCCGAGUCCACUGUACCCGUGGAUGAGAAGCCAAUUCGGUCCAGACUCAGAAAGGAAACGCGGCCGGCAGACCUAUACCAGAUACCAGACCCUGGAGCUGGAGAAGGAGUUCCACUUCAACAGGUACCUGACCAGAAGGCGGAGGAUCGAGAUAGCCCACGCGCUGUGUCUGACCGAGCGCCAGAUUAAGAUUUGGUUCCAAAACCGAAGGAUGAAGUGGAAAAAAGAGAACAAAACCAAAGGCGGCGACGGACAGGGCGGAGACGGUAGCGACAUAACGCCUCAGACUUCGCCGCAGUGAGCACAGCUCUACGGCAAGAAGGACUCCCAAAGUGCUUAGCGGCCGGGCGAGGGACGGCCACGACGGAAGUAAAGUUCAAAAAACGGAAAAGAAGUAACGUUUCUUCUUCUUCUUCUUCACCGUAUAUACUUCAAACGACAGCCGCUGCAAAGUCGCUCUACUUUUUAGUUACCAUGUGUCUAAAAUCAGAGUGGUGGUUUAGGUGUUACAUAUAUUAUUAUAAUUAUAAUUAUAUUAUGUACCUAUACCAUAAUAAUAAUAAUAUAUAGGUAGGUAAUAGUUUUGUAACACCAACAGCACAGUUUUUUUCUUUCUUCAAUCGACGGCAAUAUUAAUAUACAAAUAUGUAUAAAAUAUUACAUAUAAAUAUAAUAUAAUAUAUAUAUGUAAUAUUAUUAUGAUGAUGAUGAUGGUUUCCCCUCGCGUUUAUAUAAUAUUACAAUAUUUAGGUAACUUAUAUUCUAAGAUUGUGUCUAAGUCAUUACGUCGUAGGGUUUUUAUUUAUUUAUUUUUUUUUUGUUUCGUUUAAUUUUUAUUUAGUUUUAAGCACAAAGAGAAAUAAACAAAAUAUAAUACAGUACAUGAUAAUAAAAAAAACGCGGGUUAUAAUAAAAAAAAUGUGUUUUGUGCUUUUGAGUUUAGAAAAAAAAAAAAUAACUCGUUAUAGGAAAACACUGUGCGUGGACACACUUAUACAUAUGAAGUAUAUAUAUUAAUAUAUAUAUAUAUAUAUUAUGAUAUUGUGUUUGUAUUAUAACGGGCGGACCUGCGCUCAUAUAGGAUCUCAGAAACCAGCUCAAAUAACACGUUCUCAGUAAAUAUAUAUUAUGUAUACAAUACCUAAAAUAUUUAUAUAUGUAUAGAAAAUAUCAAAUUUUCAUUUCCAAGACAAGUUUUUUUUUUUUGUAUAAAAAAUAAAGAAAUAUUAUUUUACCUAGUGCCAUUAGGAAUUAGACUGCACCGUGGUUGGCGUUUCACUUUUAGAGACGACCCAAAAAAAAUAGGCGAUUAUUGAUAAUAAAAUAUAAAAAAAUCAAUUAAAGGAUUCGGUUUUUGAUUGACUUUUUUUUGGGUCAAACUUCUUAAGAAAGCCGUCACGCAAACCGCGGUUAAAACGCUAACGUACCAAAGGUGGUAUUUUCGUACUUUUUUUGUUUUUGUUUUUAUUUGAAUUAAAUUAAAGAGUUUUUUUUUUGUAAAAUAAUCUAGUUUAAAAAUAAACGUGUGACUAUAUAGUUUAACUCGAAUAAAAUAUAUACGUAUUAGAUGUAAGGCAUUUAUAAAAUAUAAUUAUUGAAAUGAAAUAUAUUAUUAUUAUUUAUAUAAAAAUAUGUAUGUGUAUAUAGUAUUAACGUUUAAGCUUUGUAUAAUAUGAUUGUAUUAAAAUAUAAUUAAAAAGAAAUGUUUGUAUAAUAUUAGAGAUCGGUCCAUGCCACUUCUUGUUUAUUUUUUGUUUUCGCCGUGAAAACUAUUUAUAAAAUGUUUUAUACAAUUUAUUAAAUUUAUAUUAUAUUUUUUUCCUUGUUCGAAUUCACAACUUUAAUAAAUAAUAUAUAUAUAUUAUGAUUACACGCAUCGUAUAAUUACUAUAAUAAUAAUGAAUAUUAUAUUUCAACUUUGAUUU